ACAAGAGGAAACUACAGAAGUCACGGAUGCGGAGAUAGGACGGUGAAGGAAGAGAUUAAGCACCUGUAAAGGAAAACCAACCUCAUCUUUAUUGACUGAGGGGACUUAAAAGUGGAACUGCCUGGAAGCACUUGUGUAUUUGACUGGCGCCAUGACAGCCGCUGAGAAUGUGUGUUAUACCUUGAUUAAUGUUCCCAGUGACUCUGAGCCCCCAUCAGAAGUCAGCCUGAAAGCAGAUUUAGAAAAGGGGGAGAUCAAAGCCAAGACUGAGGCUUUGAAGAAGGUGAUCAUCAUGAUACUGAAUGGGGAGAAGCUGCCAGGACUGUUGAUGACCAUUAUUCGGUUUGUGCUCCCACUUCAAGACCACACUAUUAAGAAACUUCUUCUAGUCUUUUGGGAGAUUGUGCCAAAAACCACUCCUGAUGGCAAGCUGCUUCAGGAAAUGAUCCUGGUUUGCGAUGCAUACAGAAAGGAUCUACAGCAUCCCAAUGAGUUCAUCCGUGGCUCUACUCUGCGCUUCCUGUGCAAGUUGAAGGAGGCUGAACUGCUGGAGCCGCUGAUGCCUGCCAUUCGUGCAUGCCUGGAGCAUCGCCACAGCUAUGUGCGCCGCAAUGCCGUUCUGGCCAUUUACACAAUUUACAGGAACUUUGAAAAUCUGAUCCCUGAUGCACCUGAAUUGAUUCAUGAUUUCCUCGUAAACGAAAAGGAUGCAAGUUGCAAGAGGAAUGCCUUUAUGAUGCUGAUUCACGCUGACCAGGAUAGAGCACUUGAUUAUCUGAGCACCUGCAUUGAUCAGGUGCACACAUUUGGAGAUAUUCUGCAGCUUGUUAUUGUGGAGCUGAUCUACAAGGUCUGUCACGCGAACCCUUCAGAACGAGCCCGUUUCAUCCGCUGCAUCUACAACCUUCUUCAGUCCUCCAGCCCUGCGGUGAAGUACGAGGCUGCAGGCACUCUUGUCACCCUGUCCAGCGCUCCCACGGCAAUCAAGGCUGCUGCUCAAUGCUACAUUGAUCUGAUCAUCAAAGAAAGCGAUAAUAAUGUGAAGCUCAUUGUCCUCGAUCGACUGAUUGAGCUGAAGGAACAUCCAACCCAUGAGCGUGUUCUUCAGGACCUGGUUAUGGAUAUUUUAAGAGUUCUGUCCACUCCUGAUCUGGAGGUUCGCAAGAAAACACUACAGCUGGCCUUGGACUUGGUUUCAUCUCGUAAUGUGGAGGAGUUGGUGAUAGUACUAAAGAAGGAGGUUAUCAAAACCAACAAUGUGACUGAACAUGAGGACACAGACAAGUACAGACAGCUGCUGGUGCGUACACUCCACUCCUGCAGCGUUCGCUUCCCCGAUAUGGCUGCCAACGUCAUCCCCGUGUUAAUGGAGUUCCUGAGUGACACAAACGAGGCAGCGGCAGCUGAUGUGCUGGAGUUUGUGCGUGAGGCCAUUCAGAGGUUUGAUAAUCUCAGGCCUCUCAUUAUUGAGAAGAUGCUGGAGGUUUUCCAUGCCAUCAAGACUGUCAAGAUCUAUCGAGGAGCUCUGUGGAUUCUGGGAGAAUACUGCAGCACCAAAGAGGACAUCCAGAGUGUGAUGACAGAAGUGCGCAGGUCCCUGGGAGAGAUCCCCAUUGUGGAGAAUGAGAUAAAGAAGGAAGCAGGAGAGUUGAAGCCAGAAGAAGAGGUGACUGCAGCACCUGCACAGAAGCUGGUUACAGAAAUGGGCACUUAUGUGACUCAGAGUGCACUAAGCUCCUCAAGGCCGUCUAAGAAAGAAGAAGACAGGCCUCCAUUGAGGGGUUUCUUAAUGGAUGGAGACUUCUAUGUUGCUGCUUCUCUGGCAACCACACUGACCAAAGUGGCUCUACGUUACGUAGCCAUUGUCCAAGACAAAAAGAAACAAAAUUCCUUUGUAGCUGAGGCCAUGCUGAUCAUGGCCACUGUGCUCCACCUGGGCAAGUCCUCCUUGCCCAAGAAGCCCAUCACGGACGACGACGUGGACCGCAUCUCCCUGUGCCUCAAGGUCCUGUCUGAAUGCUCCCCCCUAAUGAACGACAUCUUCAACAAGGAGUGCCGCAGGUCCCUGUCACACAUGCUUGCCGUGAGGCUGGAGGAGGAGAAACUCUCACAGAGGAAAGAGUCUGAGAAGCGGAAUGUGACUGUACAGGCAGACGACCCUAUCUCCUUCAUGCAGCUGACAGCUAAGAAUGAGAUGACCUCAAAAGAGGACCAAUUUCAGCUCAGCCUACUGGCUGCCAUGGGCAACACGCAGAGGAAAGAGGCAGCUGAUCCCUUGGCCUCCAAACUCAACAAGGUUACCCAGCUGACAGGCUUCUCCGACCCAGUCUAUGCAGAGGCCUAUGUCCAUGUUAAUCAGUAUGACAUUGUCUUGGAUGUCCUGGUGGUCAACCAGACAAGUGACACCCUACAGAACUGCACGCUGGAGCUGGCAACAUUGGGUGAUCUAAAGCUGGUGGAGAAACCAUCCCCUCUCACGCUGGCACCCCAUGACUUCGCCAACAUCAAAGCUAACGUCAAAGUCGCCUCCACCGAGAACGGCAUCAUAUUUGGAAAUAUAGUCUACGAUGUUUCGGGAGCAGCUAGUGACAGGAACUGCGUGGUCCUGAGUGACAUUCACAUUGACAUCAUGGACUACAUUCAGCCCGCGUCCUGCACUGAUGCAGAGUUUAGACAGAUGUGGGCUGAAUUUGAGUGGGAGAACAAGGUGACAGUCAACACCAACAUCACAGAUCUGAAUGAAUAUCUGCAGCACAUCCUCAAGUCUACAAACAUGAAGUGCUUGACCCCAGAGAAGGCUCUCUCUGGUUUCUGUGGCUUCAUGGCUGCAAACCUGUACGCCCGCUCGAUUUUUGGAGAGGAUGCCUUGGCCAAUGUGAGCAUUGAGAAACCCAUCCACCUGGGUCCAGAGGCACCAGUCAAUGGCCACAUUCGCAUCCGGGCCAAGAGCCAGGGUAUGGCCCUUAGUCUGGGUGACAAAAUUAAUCUCUCUCAAAAGAAGUCGGUUUCGUAAAGCAGAAGAUGAACUUAUAAACAUCGUGGGUAUCUUUUGCUUCCAUCUCCUUUGUCGCUUGUCUUUUCCUUCCUCCAGUACACAAAGUGCUUUGUGGCCAAUUGCUCCAGUCCUAGGAAAUAUGUGUGAGGAUAUUAUUUUACAUUUCUACAGAAGACAUAAAUGUUUCCAACAGAUUGUCCUUGCUAAUCUGUAACUUUCAAUAAAUGCUGUGUACCACACAACAUGAA